AUGGCAGUACAAGGUCCUCCACUUCAGGCUCUCCCUAUCCCCCCGUGUCUUCACGAAGGUCACGGAGGACUCAGUGAGUAUGACGGCAUGGCUCACCAGCGAGUGUGCCCAGUCAGUGCUGAACUGCCUGAGUUUCUCCAGAGGCAGGACAAUGAUACCACUGAGACACUUUCAGAGGCUUCUGGGGCAUAUGGCAUCCAGAACCGCAGUCACACUGCUCCAUGUGAAUCCACUUCAGCACUGGAAGAGCAACCACCAAUCAAUACAUUUUUCCUAAGGAAGCAUCCAGAUUCAGAGAGACGGUGGCUGUAUUAUCAUCUGAAAAUGAACCGAAUUCUGUUCCUUUUUGGUUCUGUCAUCCUGGUGAUAGCUGAUGGCUUCAUUGUGCAUGGUCCCUCUGGUCCUCUGUUUGCUCCUCUGGGAUCUUCAGUGGUUUUGCCCUGUUAUGUUACUGAACCCUUUCUAAUGGAGGAUCUGGAGGUGCAAUGGAGAAGAACAGACUCAUAUGCCGUGGUUCAUCUAUUUCUGGAUGGUGAGAGUCGACCAGAGGUCAAGCAGCAGGAUUAUCAUGAUAGAGCUCAUUUCUUCACUGAUCAGAUUCAACAUGGAAACUUCUCUCUCCAUCUGGACAAUCUGACAGCUGAAGAUGAGGGACGAUACACAUGUAGAGUUUACAGUCAGCAGGAUUCUGGAGAAACUUUUGUUGAAAUUAAAGCUGUUUUUGAGUCUGGAGCAUUAGAUGAUCGUUUGCUAGUAUCAGGCUCAGAUAAAUCCAUAUCUGCAUCUGUGGGUGAGGAUGUCACUCUGAACUGCUCUGUAGACUCUCACAUUAAAUCUGAACACAUUGAGGUUUCAUGGAGGAAAACAGAUGAAGAUAUUCCAGUUCUGUUCUUCCAGAACCAUAAGACUUUUCCAGAUUCUUCACAUGAGCGAUACAGAGACAGAGUUGAGCUCUUCCCUGCUGAGAUCCCCAAAGGAAACUUCUCUCUCAGACUGAAGAGUGUCAGAACUGAGGAUAAAGGAGUUUACAUGUGUCACGUGAAGAAUGGACGUCUGUCUGCAAAUACAACUGUGAUCAUAGAACGACUGAGUUUCUCUGCUUUACACAUAGUGGUUUUGGUUCUCUGUAUUACUGGAUCUGGAUCUGCACUUCUGCCUUGUGUUCUCGUUUAUGCAUCUCCUGACAGAGGCCGAUCUAUAUUCAGUUAUGAAUCGAGUCAGAGUUAG